AUGACCACCCAGCCCGCCCAGUCAAACAUCUACGCCCCUGUCCCCACUUCCUUCUCCCACGACCCGGCUUCCGGCACUUCUACCCCCGCGUCGCGCGACUUUGUCGACGAACUCUCUGCAAGAAAUGAGGACGAGGAUGGGCUAGAAGAGGACCUGGACAAGGUGGCAGAGAGGAGGGCGCAUCUGGGAGAGAUGGAUGAGGGGGCGGUCGUGGUGGAAGGCGAAGAUACCAUCACUCUGUUUGUUUGGAUAUUGGUAUCUGCUGCAGCUGUCUCUGGACUGUUAUUUGGGUAUGAUACGGCCGCGAUCUCGUCGAUGCUGGUCAUCAUCAAUGAGGAUUUUGGCGCUGCUCUGUCCGACUGGCAAAAGGAAAUGAUCACCUCUGCUACAACAUUGGGCGCUCUAUUAGGCGGUCUUGCCGCUGGAAUCCUCUCAGACUUGACUGGUCGCCGCCUCGUGAUUGUAUUUGCCAACAUCACCUUCAUCGGCGGGUCCGUCUGUCAGGCGGCCUGUCAUACUGUCGCCGCUAUGGUAGCUGGGCGCUUCAUUGUAGGCCUCGGAGUCGGUCUUGCGAGCUGUAUUGUGCCGCUCUAUAUCGGAGAGCUGGCGCCUACGUUGAUCAGGGGGAGGUUGGUGACGAUCAAUUGUGUUGCCAUCACCCUCGGGCAAGUCGUAGCGUACGCUAUAGGGUCUGGUUUUCAGAGCGUCAACAAUGGCUGGAGAUGGAUCGUAGGUCUUGGUGCCAUGCCUUCCCUCAUUCAGCUUGCUUGUAUCGGUUUCAUGCCCGAAUCGCCUCGAAUCCUUCUCCUGAGAUCUCGUGUAUCCGAGGCGAGAUCCAUCAUUGCGCGCAUCUAUCCCCUCGCCAAGGUUGAGCAAGUCGACAGAAAGCUGGAAAUCAUGAAAGCUGCUGUGGACCAGAGCAAGGAAUACAACGAUGCCUCGACAUGGGGUGAGAGAUUGCAAAGUCUAGUCACUGUUGGGACAAACCGUCGGGCUCUUAUCAUUGGAUGUGGAUUGCAAGCCGCUCAGCAGUUGUGCGGUUUCAACACCCUGAUGUACUACUCGGCAACCAUCUUUGCCAUGGUCGGGUUCACCAAUGCCACCGCAGUCGGGCUGGUCAUUGCGUCCAUCAAUGUCAUCUUUACGCUUGUCGCACUCAAGAUUGUGGACCCACUGGGCCGUAGAAAGACGAUGCUCUGGACAUUGCCUGUCAUGAUCAUCUCCCUCAUCCUCGCCUCCAUCUUCUUCCACUAUUUAACGCUCUCUACCGGCGGCGUCCUCCAAAGCGGGGCCUCCUACCCCAAAUCCUUCUCCAUCCUCGUCCUCCUCUCCAUGCUCCUCUACGUCGCCGGCUACGCCACCGGCCUCGGAAACAUCCCCUGGCAACAAGGCGAGCUCUUCCGCCUCGAAGUCCGCGGUAUCGGCACAUCCAUCUGCACCGCCGUCAACUGGAGCUGCAACCUCCUCAUCGCAGGGACGUUUUUGAGCUUGAUGAACAAGGUCGGGCCGAGUGGGGCGUUUGGGGUGUAUGCGGGGUUUUGUAUGGUGGGGUGGGUGUUUUGCUGGGCGUUGUAUCCAGAGACGUCGGGGUUGUCGUUGGAGGAGGUUUAUUUUGUGUUUGAGGAAGGGUUUGGGGUUGAAAAGUCGCAGCGGUUGAGGGAAGAAAAGAUGCUAGAGGCGCGCAAGCUGAAAGCUGCGGCCGGGGUCGUCUGA